ACUAAAAUAAUACAGUGCAUCAUUUAUAAAUAACAUUAAAUUAAAUGCAAGAAUCCCACAUGCCACCCACAUUGAGUUUCUAACGGGUGCGUUUAGCAAAAGAAAAACACAAGUCUAUGGGUCUUUACUGUAACGUUAUAGGUGCGCGUGACAGAACAGGGGGUUAUGGCGGGACCUGAACUGCAGCCAGAGAGCCAAAACCCACUCACUCCACCUCUUCUAUAGGGAAGACCAGAGAAAAGCGCUCCUGAAAAGGGAAAUGUCUAACAGAUGAUUGGCCUCGUGCCCGCCCGCUCCACUUCUCCUGCGCGCUCCCGGUGCAAGUUAAACGCAGCUCUUCUGCUCUGACCAAAACCAGACGCGCACACAAACACACACGCAAACCGCCGAGGAGGCACUGCUGCUGGGACGAGACUGAUCCGGAGCAAAAAGCUGUUUUCUGUUUGUUUCAAGGAAUGGGGCGACGCUGCUCGUGUCCAUUGACGUUAACGACUCCCGUUGAAAGGAAACGCUGCGACGUUGCACCGUCUGCCGGUGAGGUCACUGAGGCACAAAGCGACGCGACCUGCGCGGACACGCAGCCGAGAUUCCGUCACAUCACAGCGGCUUUGUUCACACUGUGACUGACUGACUGCUCGUCUUUGGAUGAUACUUUCCCCGUCGAAACCCUAUCGAUUUCUGCAAGUCGGCGAGGCUCGCGCUGAUGGAUCGUGGAUAAGUAGUUAUUGAUGAAGCCAGCGGGACCACAGGAGCGGAACGAGAGGGAAAACAGAGAGCGACACGACUGAUUGCGCUUCAGAUAUAAACAUCACAUCUCUGAUUUAGUCAACUCGUGUGGUAAAGAACUAAGGUGAAAGCAUGGCUCUGGUCUUAUCAAUGAACCCCUUUUGUGAGCCUGAGACUGAAUCCCCACCGCCAAUCUUUCAACCAAUCUGGGAAUCUGAACACUGCAGUAAAAGCUGUGUCUCCAACCCUUCACCACCAGGAGGCGAACCCCAAGGGCUCAUGGAAGAGCCUCAUUACAGACGAGCUCCUGAUCAUGUGAUGAAUCGUGUGGCCGUGUCACGGAUUUCUUAUUUCAAGAGAAAGUUUGUGGAGGAUGAAGAACCUGUGCUGAGCUUCAGGAGUUACUGUCACACUCAGGUGUCACCAGUCUUGGAGGAGCGUGCUCACAUUCUCCGUCUCUCUCUGGAGAAGCUGCGUUUCAUGGAUGACCCUGAGUCCUUCUUACGGCGCUCCGUGCUCAUCAACAACCUUCUCCGGCGUCUUAGAAACGAAAUCCUCCUCCAGAGCGACUGGUGCUUUCCGUCAGGUCCGACAACCACACCUUGCCCCCUCCAAACCCCAGCCGCAAAUACAUCUCUCUCCCCUCCUGCCCUGCAGCCCUGCAUAACGCCACCGGGGUCGUAUCGGAAACGACUGCGUCUGAUGAGGAAGGAAGGGCCCGAGUGUGUCCCUGCCUGCUGCUGUCUAUACGCAGCCGGACGUUACCUCCAGCUCCCCCUGUCUGUGUAUGAACGGGAGGUGUACUCCAACUCUCACCCUUCAUCAUCAACAUCUUCAUCAUCUUCAUCAUCAUCAUCAGUUCGAUUUCCACAGCUGAUGGAGGACGAGGAUGAGGAGGACAGUGAUGAUGAAGAGGAGGACUCGGUGUGUCCCGUGUUGGCCAUGUGCCAAGCUGAAACCAGAGAGCAGAACAGGACAUGGGACAGUCUCCGGUCGCAGAGCCACAGGGAUGACAAAAUCCUGGAGAAAGAGAGAGAAAAGGGGAAAGAGAGGGUUAAAGGAGGGGAGGUUUCACAGCGAUGGCUUUCAGACACUAUAGGUACUAGACACCAUGGAACACUAGCAAGGGCUCACAUAAGAGGAAAAUAACAACUGAGCACUUGCUGUGGAAACAAUGGAAGAAACUGGUUUCCUGCAGCCUAAUAGAUCAGUUCCACAAAGCAGAAUAUCAAUUGUUAAUAGUUUUGAAUUUUAAGGUACUUUUUGUACCAACAAGGACUUAAUUUACAUAUGCGACCCUUGACCACAAACCCAGUCAUAUGUGUCCAUAUUUACUAAUCUUUCCAUUGAUGUAUACCACAGAUGCCCAAACUAGGGCCCGCGGGCCAAAGUUGGCACAUGGUAACCUUUAAUUUGGCCCACCAUCCCAUCUGAGAAGAGAGGAAAAAUUAUGAGAAGGGUUGAAGCAAAUGCCAUUAUCAGAGAUCGUAAUUUCUAAUUUACCGAAAGCUUUUUGGUUUGUUUCAUUGCUGAGCUAUGAAAAACCAAACUGAAAUUAAAUGUUUAAAUUACAUGUUUGUAAAUUAUUUAGAUUUUUUUUAAAUACAAAAAGACUGUCACUCGACUGAUAAAAGACAAUGCAGAAGACACUGGCAAGCAAAUCAAGGCAAAAACAGGAGCAGCUUGACUAGUGUCACCCCAUUCUGUUAUAAAUGAGAUGUUAUGAAAUGUUUUUAACUGUAAUGUUUAUUAUAAAAUUAAAAGAUAUACACUGCAUUAGGUAAAUAUAAAGCAAUGCUUUCUAGUUAUUUUUAUAUAUUAAAUAAAUUAGGAAACUACCCAAGGCAAGUAAAAUGGAAUAGAGUUUGGUAUGUUUACCUUCGGCCAAACACACUCAAGUUUGGUUUUUGGCCCUUCAAAAGAAAGUUUGGGCACAUUGUAUACUUGUUUAGAAUAGGACAAUAUUUGGCAGAGAUACAUUCAUUCAUUCAUUUUCUUGUCGGCUUAGUCCCUUUAUUAAUCCGGGGUCGCCACAGCGGAAU